ACUGUACUUGGAAGUUGAGAAUUGAACACAUUGUCUAGUUAGCUAGUAAACGGUUCACUUAGCCAGUAAGCGCUCAUUUAUCAUAAUUAUUUAGAGAAAUUUGAACCAAUUUAUAUGUUAAAAUUUUGAACUAAUCAAAGUAUCUACUAAGCAAUGAAAGGCUCUUUUGUGAUUGUAAAUUUAUUGGUUCAAUUGAUCAUUUCCAUUAUUACUGCAGAAUGUAAUGAUCAAGAUUAUUGGACCAAACGUGCCGCGCUUAUAACUGAAGAAGAAAAAAAUUCACUUGGUGGCAAUUUGUCACUUGAUCCGAAAGAACGUUUAGCAAACGAUUUAUUAUUAACAUUAAAAAGAAAAGAAAUCGAUGAUGCAUUUGAAGGUCGGGCUAAAUUUUUUCCAGCAAAAAAUUUUAUUGAAGUACGAAAUGAAAUCAAUAAAUCAAAAUUAUUUGAUAUUAUAAAAAAAAUGCCUAAAGGUGCAGUACUUCAUGCGCAUGAUACAGCAAUAGUUUCAGAAGAUUGGUUAUACCACAAUGUAACAUAUCGGGAUAAUUUAUAUAUUUGCAAUCAAGCUGAAAAAUUACAAUUAAAAUUUUUCGAUACACCCACAAACGAUUGUGAUUGGCAGUUACUUAAAGAACUUCGUAAAAAUGAAACUGUUGCAACUGAAAUAAAUUUACGAAUUCAGAAAGAAUUUUCAAUGAUGACUAAUAAUCCAGAUAUUAUGUAUCCUGACGUUAAUUCUGCAUGGAAUAAAUUCAUGAGUAUAUUUAUUCUAAUAACACCAAUGUUAACAUAUAGACCAGUUUAUGAAGAUCAUUUUUAUCAGGGACUUAAAGAAUUAUACGAAGACAAUAUUUUAUAUUUAGAAUUGCGCUCAACUUUACCACCGCUUUAUGAAUUGAAUGGGACUCAAUACAGUCCAAUUGACGUUGUACGAAUUUACAAAGAAGUUACUGACAGAUUUAUCAAAGAUUACCCAGAUUUCAUUGGUGUAAAAAUAAUAUUUGCACCACUAAGAAUAAUGUCUGUAUCAGACUUGGAUGAGUAUAUUAACAUGACAAUUGAAAUGAAAAGAACUUUCCCAAAUUUCUUUGCUGGGUUUGAUCUCGUCGGCCAAGAAGACAAAGGAAACCCACUAAAUUUAUAUGUAGAUAAACUUCAACGUUUGACCAAUGAAGUUAAUUUCUUUUUCCAUGCCGGUGAAACAGAUUGGUUUGGUUUAAAAUCUGAUAAAAAUUUAUUGGACGCUGUAUUAUUAAAUACCACACGAAUUGGACAUGGUUAUGCACUUUUGAAGCAUCCACAAGUUUUAAAAAUAAUAAUGGAAAAAAAAAUAGCUAUUGAAAUUUGCCCUAUUUCAAAUCAAGUAUUAGGAUUGGUUAGAGAUCUCCGGAAUCAUCCAGCAAGUAUUCUCUUCGCAGAAGGAUUUCCUGUUGUUAUUUCAAAUGACGAUCCAGGUUUGUGGGGCUCAAAAGCACUCAGUUAUGAUUUUUAUGAAGCCUUUGUGGGAAUGAUGUCAAGGGAUGCAGAUAUCAGAGCAUUAAAACAACUAGCUCUUAAUUCUAUAAUUUAUAGUAGUAUGAGUAAUAGUGAAAAACAUGAAGCCGCCGAAAUUUGGACAAGAAAAUGGCAUGAAUUUCUUGAUAAAAUAAAUUAUUCAAAUUAGUAAUUAACUUUCAUUAAAAAUAACAAUUAACAUUAAUUAAAAUAGAAAACAAUUUUUUAAUACCCUCUUAGAAUGUAUGUUUUUUUUUUAAAUGAAAUUAUUUUUAUUAAAACAUCGAAAAAAAAAGUACAUAUUUAUUGAC